AUGGCCUGGGACCAUUUGGAUAUCGAUAAGCCUCACCUGGCGUACAUGAUCCUUGGCGGGUUCACCGGCUUGUUCAUGCUGUGUUCCCUGUUCGUCAAGGAGAAGCUGUACAUUGGUGAGGCGACGGUCGCGACCCUGUGCGGGAUCAUCUUCGGACCCCAUGCGGCGAACCUCUUCAAUCCCAUGGAAUGGGGCAAUGUCGACAAGAUCACGCUGGAAUGCUCUCGCAUCGUCCUAGUGGUACAAUGUUUUGCCGUCGGUGUCGAACUGCCCAAGGCCUACAUGGAGCGUCACUGGAAGUCGGUCUUCCUGCUACUGGUGCCGGUCAUGACCUGGGGUUGGCUGAUUACGAGUCUGUUCAUCUGGUGGAUGGCGCCUCUUUCCUGGCUUGAAUCUCUGGUGUGUGCUGCCUGUGUGACGGCCACCGAUCCUGUCUUGGCCUCGUCUGUCGUAGGUAAGGGUAAAUUCGCCAAGCGGGUGCCGAAGCAUCUGCGAGAUCUUCUAUCCGCCGAGUCCGGCUGCAAUGACGGCAUGGCUUUUCCCUUCAUCUACCUAUCGUUUUACAUUCUGGAAUACCGUCCUGAUGCCGGCAAGGUGUCCUUGAACUGGUUCUGUGUCACCAUUCUUUACGAAUGUAUCGUCGGGGCCAUCUUCGGCUUUCUAAUUGGAUACUUUGCGCGUCAUGCCAUCAAGUUGGCGGAACGCAAACAGCUGAUCGAUCGUGAAAGUUUCCUGGUUUUCUACUUCGUACUUGCGGUCUUCUGUGCGGGUUCCGGCAGUUUGCUGGGCAUGGAUGAUCUCUUAAUUGGAUUCGCCUGCGGUGUCGGGUUCAGUAACGACGGUUGGUUUACGGAGAAGACGGAGGAGUCGCACGUGUCCAACGUCAUCGAUCUACUGUUGAACUUGGCCUACUUCGUCUAUUUUGGAUCUAUCAUUCCCUGGGAGGAUUACAACAACCCCGACCUCGGCCUGACUCCCUGGCGACUAGUUGUGAUUGCCCUCCUCGUUAUCUUCUUCCGCCGCAUUCCCAUCAUGAUGAUUUUGAAGCCUAUUAUACCGGACGUGAAAACCUGGCGAGAGGCCCUGUUCGCCGGUCAUUUUGGACCCAUCGGAGUCGGUGCCAUUUUUGCGGCCAUUCUGGCUAGAGCCGAGCUGGAGAAUGGCAACACUCAACCGGACCCGACUAGUGAACUACCACAGGCUGGGUCGUCGAACUACUACGUCGUUCGACUGAUAUGGCCGAUCACAACGUUCAUGGUCAUCUCGUCGAUUUUAGUGCAUGGCUCGUCGAUUGCCGUCUUUACGCUCGGAAAGCGCAUCAAUACCUUGACCAUCACUCUGUCUUACACGCAGGCCAACGAGGAGGGUCCAUCUUGGAUGAACCGUCUGCCUCGUGUACAGUCCAUUGCCAAGGGCUCCAUGUCUUUCCGGAAAGCAGAUGAGCUGGAAGAAUCCUCCAACGAGCCGGAAUACCCCCCGGGUACCCUCCCUCCCAUCGGCGUUCCUGGUAACUUCCUGCGCCGACAGCGGGAUGAAGAUGCCGAUGCACCUCCCGGGAGGCCGCGUAGCCAACGACCUCGUCGCCGUCGCCGUCGUGGUGAUGCGGGAGCGGGCGGCCCUAUCAGUCAGUCUGCGAUCGCACCUCAGCGCCAGCCGGGAACGGAGGACGAGAAGCUCGAAGAUGAGGAACAGGCUGAACGUGAAAAGAUUGAGCGCGGUGGUUCCCCACCGUCGAAGGAACGCGAGCGCUUCGGACGCGAGGCGGGCAUUGAAGUGUACUUGGAAGGACAUAACCUUAUCAUUGAAGAUGAGGAAGGUAAUGUUUUGAGAACGGAGAACAUCAGUCACAAGUCUCCUAGUGAGCAGCAGCAGCACGUCGAAGAGGAGCGGCAGAAGGUAGAAAAGGCGAGGUCAGAACAGCUCGCCAAGUCCCAGAGUCAACCCAACGGCAAGCCCGAUAGCGGUGAUGGUGUGCAGCCGGCGCCAGAAGACAAGACCGCUUUCGAAAAGGCCCGGAAACGAUUCGGCGACUGGAUGGGUUUCGGCAAGGGCCGCGCUACCGAGGACGACUCCCAGCCCGCGCAGGCUUCCGAGAAGACCGAUGCUGCUGCCGGAUCUGGCAAGGCCUCCAAGUCAAAGGCUCGCUCAGCGCACGCUUACCAGUUUGGAAAUACCAUCAUUGUCGAGGACGAAGACGGAGAGGUUAUCAAGAAAUAUUCUAUUCCCUCGGCCGGCUCCUCGUCUGGCGCCGCCGCCGCCGCCUCCUCCACGCCCGACAAGAAGGCCGACACCGGUGCCGCUGCACCCGUGCGCCGCGGCAUUACGCGCAUGGGGACCUGGUUCGGCCAGGGUGAACCCGAGUCAUCUCAAGCCGCCAAGAACAAGCACGUUGCCGACGAUUGGCUGGCUGAUGACGGACUUCGUUUCACGGUGGCAGAAGACGACAGCAUUGGAAAGAGAGGGGUUGGCCAUAAGGGACAGCGGAUGAACAAGCACGAAUUUGUCAACCAGCUUCGCGGUCUCGGGCCCAAAGCCCGUCGUGAGCUGGUCGAAGAAACCGACGCUCCGGAGCGAGUCAAGGACGUCGCCCGCGGCGAAGAGAAAGAAGCCGUCAAGGAGGAGCGCCGCCGUUCCUCUGCCGCCGGGGUCCCUGCUCAGACAACGGCUGGAGACACUGAACAGCAGCAAGCUGACCCAGCAGCUGACGAUGACGACGAUUUCACCACUGACAGUAGCGACUUGACCGAUGAGGGAUCUGACCGAGGGGCGCCGGGUGGUAAUGUCGCUGCUUCCUUGGCUCGAUUUACUCGCGGGACUGCCGCCGACGAGCGCCGCACCACCGCUCUGGACGCUCCAGCUGGUCCUCGGCCGCGCAGAGAUUCUGAGGACGACGGCACGGCGCGUGUACCGCCCUCGAAACUGCGAGAGGCGGCCGGUCUCACACGCCCUCCGCCGCAAGCCGAUCUGGACGAUACUGGCGAGACUCCGGCUGAACGGCGCCGUCGUCUAGCCGCCCUCGGUGAAGAUGACUCGGAUGGGGCCGUGGAAGAGUCCGACAGCGAGGAUGACGGCGAGUUCCGUCAGGUGCCCGGCAAGAUAUCAUUUGCGGAUGGCACAAAGCCUGCACGAACCCGAACCGAUGAGGGAAGUUCAAGCGAGGGUAACGGAUCCGGGUCGUCGAACCGAGGACAUCAGCCUCGAAUUUCCUGGGGCGGCGAGAAGGGUCGAGAGACUUAA